UGUGUGGACGCGCACAAGGGUAGGCGGGGCGGCGGAGCCGAUCACGCGGCACGGUGAUCGGUUCCGUGUUUGGAAGUGAAGUGACACCCACACACACACACACACAAACUGUCAACUGUCUGCAGCACUUCGAGCUCAGCUCAGCUCACCCCGACCAGGAAGUCUCAAAAACGGUCUCCUCUCUCUAUGAUCAUGUUAUUCUUGCAGGCUGCACACACAGGCAAUCGCACAAUGUGACUUGUUUCAAAAUGAGUAAGAGGAAAGGCAAAGUGAUCGGCGAUGCGCCAGCUGUCAAGAGCCGCCGACUGACAGCUGCAGGUCUCAAAGAUGCAGCAGAAGAAACGAACCAUCAGAGACCAUCAUCAUCAUCCUCCUCCGGCGGCGGCGGCGGCUUCUCUCACUCUGCCACAGGAGAUAUCGGCCUCAUUGAAAGCGUCACUCUGAAGAAUUUCAUGUGUCACCACUUGCUCGGCCCGUUCCAGUUUGGGCCCAACGUGAAUUUCAUCACUGGCAACAAUGGAAGUGGGAAAAGUGCCAUCCUGACUGCUUUGAUCGUAGGCCUCGGUGGGAAGGCCACGUUCACAAACAGAGGAGUGUCGCUGAAGGAUUUUGUAAAGACCGGCGAAAAUACUGCAGAUAUAACAAUAAAGCUGAGAAACAGAGGACCAGAUGCUUAUAAAAGAGACGUCUACGGCGACUGCAUCUCAGUCGAGCAUCGCAUCUCAUGUGACGGUUGUCGGACCUGCAGACUGAAGAGCAAAUCAGGACAACUCAUCUCAAACAAGAAGGAAGAGCUGAUGGCCAUUCUGGACCACUUCAACAUCCAGUUGGAUAACCCGGUGUCCAUUCUCAACCAAGAAAUGAGCAAACAGUUCCUGCAUUCAAAGAGUGAAUCGGACAAGUAUAAGUUCUUCAUGAAAGCGACUCUGCUGGAACAGAUGAAGAGGGAUUACAUCCACAUCAAGCACACUAAAACAGUCACAAGACAGCAGGUUGAGAGACAAGAGGAGAGUCUCAAGGACCUGAAACUAGAAUUUCUACAGAAGAAAGAAAGGUAUGAAAAUCUGUCAUCGUUCAGCGAGAUGAAAGUGGUUCUGGAGAAUCUGAAGAAAGCCAUGGCGUGGUGUUUGGUUCAAGAGAAAGAACAGCUUGUGCAGCAGCUGAAGGAGGACAUUGAAAACGAAGAGAACAAUUACAAACAUCAGGACAACCUUCAGCUCUGUCAGACUCGGGUCACGCAUAUAGAAAAGAAACUUCAGUGCAUCAGAGGCAGAGUUGACGGUCUGAGGGAGGAACAAGAGUCUCUGUCAGGAGACAGUCUCAGGUUGAAAGAGCAAGUGAAGAUCAUUAGCAAAGCUCACAAGGAACAGGAGAUUGUCUACGUCCGGGCUCUGAACAAACUCAAACAGUCAGAGCAAGAGCAGGACAUUCUUCAGGAGAAAAUUAACAAGGCAAAAACAAGCGGGAGCCUAAGCAAUAAUGGAGAGACAGAAUACACAGAGCAGCAGGAGAAGAUAUCCAGUCUGAGAGAGCAGCUCGCCGAGCUUGAGAAAACAUGUUCGCAGCUGAAUCAGGAGAUCAAGAACAAACAUCAGGCGCUUUUCAAAGGGAAGGAAGAACGAGACAAGCUGAGAAUGGAGGAGAGAAAUAUCCAGGUUCUGUACGCGUCCAAACUGAAGAGGAAGAAUCAGCUCCUCGCCAGUCGCUCAAACAAACUGAAGCGGUUUGGAGAUCACGUGCCGGACCUGCUGGAGUCGAUCGAUGAAGCGUACGCCAAAGGACGCUUCCUCAAGAGGCCCGUCGGUCCAAUAGGGGUUUGCAUCAGCCUGAAGGAUCCCACGUUGGCCGUAGCCGUGGAGUGCUGUCUGCGGAGCUUCAUGAAGGCUUUCUGCUGUGACAACUACAAGGAUGAGUUAGUCCUCCAGGAGCUGAUGUCUCGCUAUUAUCCGAAGGGAAACAGGCCGCAGAUCAUCGUCAGCCCUUUCUCUGAAAAAGUUUACAACAUUCACGGACGGAAAGCACAUCAUCCAGAGUACCCGUCUGUGCUGGACACGAUCACAGCAUCAAACCCGGUCAUCAUCAACUGCCUGAUUGAUAUGAGGGGGAUAGAAUCAAUUCUGAUAAUCAAAGAAAAAGACAAAGCCAGGAAGGUCAUGCAGCAAGGACGGCCGCCCAAAAACUGCCGUGAGGCCUUCACUAUCGAGGGAGAUCAGGUGUAUCCAAACCGUUACUACACCUCCGACUUCAGCAUGGCCAAAUAUCUUGGUGGAGAUCUGGAGACUGAAAUAAGUAUGUUGGAGUCCGACCUGGAGAAUCUCCAGGCUCAGCUGUCCAGGUUUCAGCUCCACGCGACCUUUGUGUCUGAGGAAAUCGUGAGCAUGGAGGGCGAGCUGAACAGCACCAUCAUGACCCUGAAGAAGACUCUGGCCUCUGUGAAUCAAGUCAAGGCAACAAUAACUGAGCUGGAGACUGCCGGUGAGGAGCAAAUCGAUGACAUCAGCUCCUUGGAGGAAGUUGCCCAAGAGAACAGACAGAAAAUCGAGGCAGAGAAGCAGACUGUCCACGAGGCAAAGACGGAGCUGGACAAGCAUCGGGAAACAGUGGAGGAAGCAGAGUCCAAGUACGCUUCUGUUAGAGAGCGGAUUGAUCAGCUUCCCGAGGACGUGGAGCCGUUAAAGGACGAGCAGAUGAAGCUGGAGGCUGAGUGUGCAAAACAUGAACGAAACCUGAAGGUUUUAGAGAACAAACUCAAGGCUCACGAAGACAACAUUCAAGCUAUGAAAAGUGACCUUACCCAUAGAGAAGAAGAGUUACAGGAAUAUGUGGCCAAAGCCACGGAGAUCAGCCCGGAGCGGCAGCAGGUGAUCGGCACCACCAAGAGCAUCGACGCGGAAAUCACUCGGCUGAAGAGGACGAUCAAGGUGUACGAGAGCAGCCACGGGGAGCACCAGCAGGUGGUCAGAGAGUACGCCGAGGCCCUCGCUCUCUACAGACAGAAAUCCAACCAAGUGAGAGAUCUGCGGAGGUUCAUCGAUCGACUCGACAACAUCAUGUCAGACAGGCAGAACAGAUACAAAGUAAUGCGCCGGUCGCUCUCUGUCAGAUGCAAGUUGUACUUCAAUAACUUUCUGAUAAAGAUGAACUGCUGUGGCUCCAUGGUGUUUGACCACAACAAUGAAACGCUAUCGAUCUCGGUAAAGCCUCCGGGCAGGGAGGAUGAUGGUGUGAGUGACAUGAGGUCGCUGUCGGGUGGUGAACGCUCCUUCUCCACGGUUUGUUUCAUGCUCUCCCUUUGGGAGAUCACAGAAUCUCCCUUCAGAUGCCUCGAUGAGUUCGACGUCUACAUGGAUAUGCACAAUCGCAGAAUCUCCCUGGAUCUCCUCCUGGAGCUGUCGGAGCGGCAGCACCUUCGACAGUUUGUCUUCAUCACUCCGCUCAACACAAGAAAUCUACCCAAAACCAGCUUCAUCAAAAUCCACCAGCUUCAGGAUCCGGAAAGAGUCCAGAGUGAAACGGGGGAUGAGGACGUGUGAGCCGAACACCCGCGACGUCAUUUCACAUUUAGUUUGUUUGCUGGUGUUAUGAAACCUUGUAAAUAUUAUUGUGUUUUACCGUAUACGUUACCUUGACGCGGCGUUGGUGUGCCAACAUUUCAUGGGUUGUUUCACCGUGAAGGCUGCGUUUCUAUUCCUAAUAUUAAUAUCAUGAAUAUUUAUCGUCCGCUAUUACACUGAGGGGCUUGUUCUUCAGUAACUUUUCAGUUAUGAGUAGAGAGUCUUCAUCUCAUUUGUAGCCUUAUGUAAGUUUACUAUGUUACACUGAAAAUAUUUUGAUACAGUACAUUUUUUUAAAUAGUUUUACCUCAGGAGUCUUUAACUCUGUGAAUCCAGGACUCUACUCGACCUCUCAGUAUUAAUAGUUAUAUAAGUUUGCCCUCUUUAAUGACCAUGAUCAUAUUUGUGCUCUGUGACGUCUCUGACGUUAAAAUAACGCUCAUCUAACAUUAGUUACUAUCAGUCACCAUCCCUGCUACAAUAAACUUUGUGAGGACA